UUUGGUGGUAUUGCAAGGGCGUCCAAUGUGGUGUUUUCGUUGUGGUGUACGUGAAGUCGGUAGUUCGCCCAUGGUAUGAGUGUAGGGUGCUGAGGACCCAGUGAUAUUCGUUGAGGAACUGAUUCUUAGUCAUGCUGGAGUUCUACCCCAACCUGAAUCUGAAUGCCGCACUGUUGCCGGAGCGUAGCGGAUUGCCGGGACCUGAUUGUAAUGGAAGAGCAGAUAGCGGCCUGAUAAAAUGCGAAAAAACUUGGUGUGAGAACAAUAACCUUCAUAACACAUUAGAUGGCGGGCUAAUAAAAUGCGAAAAAACUUAUGAAAUGUGCGAGGGCUGCGGCCAGAAAAUCCACGACCGGUACCUGAUGCGGGUGGCGGACACGAGCUGGCACGAGCGCUGCCUCAGCUGCUCCAUCUGCGGCGUCCUGCUCACGCACUCCUGCUACACCAGGAACACCAAACUCUACUGCAAGGCUGACUACGAUAGAAUAUUCGGGGUAAAAUGCUCGAGAUGCGGCGACCGACUGCUUCCCCACGAAAUGGUGAUGAGGGCCCAACAACACGUUUUCCACCUACCCUGCUUUGUGUGCGUGGUGUGCUGCCAACCUCUGCAGAAAGGCGAACAGUUCGUCCUGCGGGCCGGCCAGCUCUUCUGCAGACAGGACUUCGAGAAGGAGAUGUACCUCAUGCAACAGGCUAGUUCGGGGGACGACGACCUACUAGACGAGAACAGUAGACCCAGGGACGGCAGGCGAGGGCCCAAAAGACCCAGGACCAUCCUCACGUCGGCCCAAAGAAGGCAGUUCAAAGCCUCCUUCGAAGUCAGCCCUAAACCCUGCAGGAAGGUCCGGGAAGCUCUAGCCAAGGAAACUGGCCUCAGCGUAAGGGUGGUCCAGGUGUGGUUCCAGAACCAGAGGGCCAAGAUGAAGAAGAUCCAGCGCAAGGCCAAGCAGGACGACGGAAAGUCAUCCGGUGAUAAGGACAAAGGUGAUAAGGAUGAUAAAGUUAUUAAACAGGAAUCACCGAGUAGUGAACACGGACACUAUAUGGGUCUGGGAAACUUGGGGGACUCGCAUUUUCCGAGUUCCAGCCAACCGCUCAAUCCUAACAUUCCCUACUCACCAGAUGACAACUACCCGGCCCACUCCGGGGAAAGCUUCUGCAGUUCGGACAUCUCCCUCGACGAUAGUACAAAUUACGACCACCUUGACGAAGCCACGUCGGACACCCUCUCUUUACAGAACCUGGAGUUGCAGUCGCACUCUCACCAUGGUGAAGGCGUUCCCACAUCCAGUACCAUAGCCAACCCCAUCGACAAGCUCUACCUCAUGCAGAACUCUUAUUUCAGUACAGAACAAUAGAUAUGUAGGAAAUGAAAGAAAGAAAACCAAAAAAAAAGCCAGUGAUGAUUUAUUUGUUUUAUUUUUGUUUGUUGUUUUCGUUGAUUAUU